AUGCCGUUCCAGUUCCCGCAAACGGGUAAAAAGACCCGGCGCAAAUCUGGGGCCUACCUGACACUUCAAACCGCUAGGUACGCGACGGAGGCCGCAGCAAUCGACGCUCGACACGGCACCUACCUCUUAAAGGACCUCGCAGAACCGGACGGCUACACAAUGGGCCGCAGGUCCCAAAAGCCUCCACUAACCGCCGGCAGAGGCACCCAAGAUAUCGGCGACAUGCUGCAGAGGCCAAUGGCGCCCAAGAUGGCGACCCCGGCGGAGCACACGCCAGCCUCUCCAGACGAGGGGGAACAGCAUGGGACUGGAUUAGAAAUAUCCACCGCUCCCCAAGCCACCGAGUCACUUGCUGGCCAAGACACACAAACCCCGGCUACCAAACAAGAUAUUGCCGACCUCCUGAUGGAAAUGAGGAGAAUGCAUGCAGCAGAUAUCAACCUAAUAAAGACUGAAAUGCAAGCAAUGACCGCACGCACACAGGCCACAGAGGAGGACAUCCUAGAUCUCCAAAGAGAGGUGAGAGAGAUAAAAGACACUUGUUACCAUAUGCAGGCCGCACAGUCCACCCUAAUCACGAGACUGGAUCAAACAGAAGACCGCAACAGACGUGCUAACCUAAAAUUAAGGGGGAUCCCAGACACCGUAGACUCAUCAGAACUACCCCACUACCUCAGACGUCUCAUAGCAACGCUUCUGCCACCCGCUCAGGCAAAAAAAUUGGUAUUGGACGGCUGUUUUAGAAUCAGAAAAGCCAGACAAGCACCAACGGACGCCCCUCAAGAUGUCAUUAUCCGAUGUCACUCUGUGACCGACAAAAUUAAGCUUCUCACGGCGGUCAGAGGGAAGACCCCGCUAACAUUUGAAAACUCUCACGUUACCUUUUACCAAGACCUGACCCGCAACACAUUACUAUGGCGCAGAUCCUUGGCCCCAGUCACAACUCAACUGAGAGAGGCAAAGCUCGAGUAUAAAUGGACAUUCCCAAGGUCCCUGACAGUGACCAAGGGGGGCGCCACGCACAGCCUCUCCUCGCUACAGGAUGCAGAACCUUUCCUGAGGGCACUGGGGAUGCCAGCUCUAACACAAACAAGGGAGAAUCCCACGACGCCACACACUUGGAACCCAGAGACAGUAAUCUCUUUCACUCCUAGGAACACUGAGAGAAGCGGAGCCCUAACCUGAGCUGACCCACUGCGCCAGACCUUCGACCUCCUAUGUGUCCCCCACAGGCGCUGAGGAUGAGCUGUUCUGAACUGCAUUAAUGGUGGCCAGCGACUUUAAUACAUUAACCAGACACCGCCCCCUCGUUAGGGCUUUGCAUGCCGGCUCACCUACUGUUUUACCCUAUGCUUGUUUUUUAUGGUUUUUAUGUUUUGGUGUUUUGUUAUUGGUUUUCAGCACGAUAUUACUACACACACACUCGACAAGUAUAGCUUACGCAAUACCAUAACUGUGACUGACCGCCAUCAGCCGUGA